AAAAUUGUUAGAGGUAUCGAUACAGUAUGAACAUCCAUAACGAUAAGCAAAAGAAGAAUACACAAAGAAAAAAGAAUCAAAGUAAAAAUUAAUCUUACACUAAAUUAGUAAUCAAAAGAACCAUAGUCAAAAAUAUAUUACUCACCCAUAUUCUGAAUUAAACAUGGAUACAUUUGAUGUAUCUGAUAGGAGCAGUUGGUAUUUUGGCUCCAUGUCGCGGCAAGAUGCCACCGAAGUAUUAAUGAAUGAGCGUGAGCGGGGAGUCUUUUUAGUACGCGACAGCAACUCAAUUGAGGGAGACUACGUCUUGUGUGUAAGAGAAGACACCAAAGUUAGUAACUACAUAAUAAACAAGGUGCAGCAGCAGGACCAAAUUGUUUACCGAAUCGGCGAUCAAAGUUUUGAAAACCUUCCAAAGCUACUCACAUUCUAUACGCUACAUUAUUUGGACACCACGCCUCUGAAGCGUCCCGCGCAGAAAAAACUGGAAAAGGUUAUUGGCAAAUUUGAUUUCGUUGGAAGUGAUCAAGACGAUUUACCGUUUCAAAGAGGUGAGGUUCUCACGAUAAUCCGAAAAGAUGAAGACCAAUGGUGGACUGCCCGCAAUUCCACUGGCCUAGUUGGACAAAUACCUGUUCCCUAUGUUCAACGAUACGACGACUCUAUGGAGGAGGAUGGUAUUGAGCAUUUGGCUAAUUUAAACAGCAGUUCUUGCAUUGCACGUUCAACUAUUUCCUCUGCCAUUUCCAAUGUCGACUCCCCUUCCGUAUCAUCCAGCCAGUUUAGUACAUUGAAAAGGACAGACUUGAACCGCAAGUUGCCAGCUCGAGCCCGUGUUAAACAGUCGCGCGUGCCUAAUGCAUAUGACAAAACCGCGCUAAAACUGGAAGUUGGAGACAUAAUCAAAGUCACCAAAACCAAUAUAAAUGGCCAAUGGGAAGGGGAGCUAAAUGGACGCAAGGGCCAUUUUCCAUUUACGCACGUCGAAUUUGUCGAUGAUUGUGAUGUAAAUAAUUGUGCGGAUAUUCGAUUAAAUAACGAUUGGGCGGAACAACAAUAAUUUUCAAUUAUAACUUAUAUUUUAAGUUAAGAGAAUAUAUUAAAUUGUAAUGAAUAAGUGAUGUUUACCAAUUGUUAAAAUAUUAAACAUAUUGAUUAAUCUUAGAAAAUUCAAAAGAAAAUCCAGAUCACACAAA